AUGAGACUUCUAAGCGUUUUCGUAGUGUUUCUAGGCGCCGUGGCUUAUGCCACAUCUCUCGACCGUGCUAAAUCUUAUAUAUUGACCCUCGAGGAAGACCAAGAGGCCUGGAAAGGGAAACUAGACGACCUUAAGUCUCUGGUGAAACAGACAGGCGGCAAGAUCACCCAUGAAUAUUCGCUUGUGAAGGGAUUUUCCAUGGAGAUACCUUCUUCGCACUCCACGGACGUCUUGGAACGGCUCGAGAAAUUCGCCCAAAAGCUCAAAUUCAAACUCAAUAUUGAGCAAGACCAGGAAGUGCACGCGAUGAGCGGGCCCAACGGACCCGUUCACUGA